UCGAACGUUGGCAGCCGUUCUUUUCCAACCACUGAGUCGAUUUCCGCUUGUGCGCGUUUCUGAACUUCUGGAUAUAAUACCAUGGCCAGGAAAAAAACCAUCAAAGUUGCCGCAGUCUGUAACGAGGAUAAGGAGCGGAGAACAUGAUGAGCUGUCUACUUCUUGCCAGUGUAUAACAGAUCAGCAAACGCGAUGAACGUAUCAGUUAUUCGAGGGUUGUAACGUUUUGGUGACGGGGUGCUUGCCAUUUGAUAUUAAUAUCAAAGUUCAAGUUGAAGGUGAGAUCAUCGGGGCUGGGUGGGCAGCCUGGGACAUGUCACACGGUAGCCGAGGAUCCUAGGGGACUUGACAUAUCUUGUUUUCGUGAAAUUCGUAAAGCAAUCGUAAAGUCUAUCUACCCUCACCUUAAUAUUGCAAAUAGCUUGAACAAGAUGCAUGCGGCUCCGAUACACCCCAAAAAUGUCAUGCGCAGUACUUUUCUGUGUCUGCGUCUGCCUCGUUGGAGUGGUUCAUGCUACACCUAUAACAGAUACAACAAACACUACUACCAGCGAUAGUUUCUUGGAAGCCCCAUCAUUCACGACCAGAACCAUGUGGACCAUCAUCUCUAGCUCCGUUUUCACUCUAUUUGCGUGCAUAUAUAGUGCUAUUCACCCCAAUAUCCCAAGUCCUGAGGACAGACCCCUUCGUGUCCUCCUGCGGCUGCUUGGCACCAUGACUAUGGCACUAAUCGCUCCUGAACUGAUCGUCACAUGGGCAAUGUUUGUCUGGAGUCUGAAGGUAAGUCGUGUUUUUGGAAACUCUGAGCAAUGUAAGCAUCGCUUCCUUUGCCUCGUUGCAGUGCUUGAUAAAUGUGUAUCAUUCGCGCUAGUGUUUCUUUGGCAUUUCCCUGGUGCUCUUGCGAGGUGGGUCAAAAGGUCCGUCGAGACUUAUUUCUCGAAGCAAUCUGAAGGUAAGCCCGAUUUGUGCUCACCUAAACGUUGACUCACGUGCGUCCUUAGAUUAUACAUGGACUCAGACGC